UCCGGGGACCUGUUGAUCGCAGGUGUCACUGGCCUGACUGGCCCUUGGGUGUUGGGGCGUGCGCGCAUGCUCCGUGCGCAGGGUCGAGCUCUGGGCGGCGGAGGCCAGCCGCGUCUGCUCCAGUUCUCUGUGAGCUUCGCUUACGUUGGCAGCUGUUGGUGUGUCAGCCUGGUGUCGGCGAGCGGCGGAGCUGGGCCAGCGGGAGGGAGCCCUGUGGGACUGGAAGGCCGGUAUUUCCCUCCCUGGAGCGCACGCUCCUCGCGCCAGGAGGGCAGAGCGCCAGAUUUGCUUUGAGGUGCAUUGAUAUGAAAUAUGGAGUCAUCUUUGAUAACUUCACCUGGGAAAUAGUCUUCUUUCUUACUAAAAAACCAUAAGGAAAACAAACGACCAAAGGAAUCAUACCAAAUGCCGACUCUGCAUCUUUUUGUAUCAUCUAUUUUUUUAAACCAUCAAGACAAAUGGCUUAUUUAAAGACAAUGAUUUGUUCAUUAUUUUUAGCGGUUUUUUAAAAAAUCUUUUUCGUCUUAAACUAUGCAACUCUUCUGUAGAAUUUAACACAUUUAAAAAUCUUUAAGGCCUUGAUUAAAUUAGCUUUCAGAACCUCAGUGUUUAUGUUAUGUAGCCUUUUUUUGCUUGACAAAAUCUUCAAAAAUUUACAGCGUCAGGAAAGAUAUGAACUUGGAAACUUACAUUAUUAUAAUAGACUGCUGUGAAUUUAAGUGGACGAUUGAAGACAUCAUCCGUUUUAUCAUCAGAAAUAUCGCAUAAGCGUAUAAUUCUUUGCUUUAAUGCAAACAAAGUUGCUUGAAAAUGGCCUGGGUAAAAUUCUUACGGAAACCUGGUGGCAAUCUUGGAAAAGUCUAUCAGCCUGGGAGCAUGCUGUCCCUAGCCCCUACCAAAGGCUUGUUAAAUGAACCGGGACAGAACAGCUGCUUUCUUAACAGUGCUGUACAGGUUUUAUGGCAGUUGGAUAUAUUCCGACGAAGCUUGCGGGUCCUGACUGGACACGUUUGUCAGGGAGAUGCCUGCAUAUUUUGUGCAUUGAAGACAACAUUUGCACAGUUUCAGCACAGUCGAGAAAAAGCGCUUCCCUCGGAUAACAUAAGGCAUGCACUUGCAGAAAGCUUCAAAGAUGAGCAGCGAUUUCAGCUUGGCCUUAUGGAUGACGCUGCAGAGUGCUUUGAAAAUAUAUUGGAGAAGAUUCAUUUUCACAUAGUGCCAAGCAGAGAUGCAGACAUGUGUACCUCUAAAUCGUGUAUCACUCACCAGAAGUUUGCCAUGACUCUGUAUGAACAGUGUGUGUGUCGUAGCUGUGGAGCAUCAUCAGAUCCUCUCCCUUUUACAGAAUUUGUGCGGUACAUUUCUACAACAGCCCUAUGCAAUGAAGUUGAAAGAAUGAUAGAAAGGCAUGAACGCCUUAAGCCUGAAAUGUUUGCAGAAUUGCUGCAAGCAGCAAAUACAACUGAUGACUAUCGGAAAUGUCCUAGUAACUGUGGCCAAAAAAUAAAAAUUCGCCGUGUUUUAAUGAAUUGCCCGGAGAUUGUUACAAUUGGUUUAGUCUGGGAUUCUGAGCAUUCUGACUUGACCGAAGAUGUUGUUCGGAAUCUAGCGACACAUCUUUAUCUUCCUGGGCUUUUUUAUAGGGUUACGGAUGAGAAUGCCAAAAGUAGUGAGCUCCACCUUGUUGGUAUGAUCUGCUACACCAGCCGACAUUACUGUGCCUUUGCUUUUCAUACCAAGAGUUCCAAGUGGGUAUUUUUUGAUGAUGCAAAUGUGAAAGAGGUUGGAACUAGAUGGAAAGAUGUGGUCUCCAAGUGCAUCCGAUGUCACUUCCAGCCACUGCUUUUGUUUUAUGCAAACCCAGAUGGCACAGCAGUUUCUACCGAAGAUGCGCUCAGGCAGGUCAUCAACUGGCCACAUAAAUCCAUUGCAGAAAAUAUGGGAUGUGAAAAGCCCUGGAUCUAUAAGUCAGAUAAUUCAAAAGAAAAUGAAUUUGGUGAUCAGGCAAAACAGAGAGAAAAUCAGAAAGUUCACACAGAUAAUAUUUCAUCAUUUACUCGGAGCCACAUGCAAACAAGUGGUGGCAGAGGACCAGUUAAGUUAAGUCACAGUGAUCAAAGGGAAAAAAUGAAAGACAUUUCCAGAGAAUGUGCUCUAAAAGCUAUUGAACAGAAAAACUUACUUUCCUCACAACGGAAAGAUUUGGAGAGGGGACAAAGGAAAGAUUUGGGCCGCCAAAGAGAUUUGGUUGAUGAAGACCUUCCACAUUUCAAGUCUGGAUCGCCUCCUGCCUCAAAUGGCUUUAGACAAUAUGGGAGUCCACAUCUACAUCACAGUCAAGGCAGAGGACCCUGGAAACACGACCGAGUUGCCCAUCAGAGUCGAGAUUCUGCACAAGUAUUAGGUUCGAGUAAAUCCCAGAGUCUUGCUCCAGCAGAGAAGAUCACUGGCAAAGUGAAGAGCGACAGUGGCACUGGGUAUGACACAGACAGCAGCCAAGACUCUAGAGAUAAAGGGAGCCCCUGUAAUGGCGGUGGUAGAAGCCGGAACCGAGGGUGGAAACCUAUGAGGGAAACGUUAAAUGUUGAUAGUAUUUUUAAUGAGAGUGAAAGAAGGCAGCACAGUCCUAGACGCAAAUCAAAUAUCAGUGGCAAACCUAAAUGUAGUAAAGAUCAGAGUUUUAACAAUUGGCCGAAAGAGAAUCCGAAGCAAAGAAGUUUAAUGACCAUUUAUGAAGAUGAAAUAAAGCAGGAAACAGGAAGCAGAAGUUCCCUUGAAUCCAAUGGAAAAGGAACAGAGAAAAAUAAAGGCUUCAAAGAGACUAAAGCUCAUGGUGACAACUGGCAGAUACAAAGGACUGAGUCUGGGUAUGAAAGCAGUGAUCACAUCAGUAAUGGAUCUGCCAAUUUGGACUCACCUGUUAUCGAAGGAAAUGGUACAAUAAUGGAUGUCAGUGGUGUUAAAGAAACAGUAUUCUUCAGUGACCAGAUUAUGACAAGCAACCUAAAUAUAGAACGUGUGAACUGUAGCUCCCAACAGAGCAAAAACUACUUAGAAGGCUUUAAAAAGGAACUUAAAAACUUGGAAUUUGGCUGUAAAUCUCAUGAGUUCCAGACAGAAUCACAUCUACAAAUAAAAAAUCCUUUCAUAAAAAGAUCACAUAUACGUGAAACCAAUGGGAAGUUAUUCCCUUCCUCCAGUCCACCCGUACUCAAGGACCAUGCAGCAAGAGAGCAUAUCCGCCAACCAGAUGAACAGAAACAUGAAAAAUCAAGUGAAUGCAAAUUUUCUGAACGGCUUAAUAUAGAAAAUUCUGAGAGAACAGGUUUACUUUUUCACAUUGAUGAUAAUUCUGCUUCUGGAAAGAGAAUGAACAGUAAUGAAGUAGUCUCACCAUCUUCAUUGUGGUCCUCACACAUGAGAACUGUUGGGUUAAAGCCGGAAACUGCUCCCCUCAUCCAGCAGCAAACUAUGAUGGAACAAUGUUACUCUGAGAACUCUUUAUCGAAGGAACAUAUAAUUCAGUCAACCUGCAGAUCUGAUGGUUGUCAGAUGCCAAAAUUUGUUAGCCAGAAUCCACCGCCCCCUUUGCCACCGAAGAAAUAUGCUGUAACCAGUGUGCCACAGUCAGAGAAAAAUGAUUCUAUGCCUGAUGGCAAACUUACAGAGAUGUUUAAAGCAAGUUCUUCUAGUCUUCCGAAGCACAGUUUAAGUACAGCUUCGGAACCAGGUUCAGAAGUGAGUACAUACAUGAAUGAUGAAAGACUUAAGGAAACAUUUCAAGUAAAAGAACAUGUUGGCAACACACCAAACGACUUGUCCAGCUCUUCGACUAGUGAUUUUCAGGCAGACUUGGGUACAGUUGUUGAUGCAUUUUGCCAAGCAGAGAUAGACUCUCAUUCUACCUGUCCAAAUGAGACAGUUUCAUUAACUACCUAUUUUUCGGUUGAUAGCUGCAUGACUGAUACAUAUAGGUUGAAAUACCAUCAGAGGCCCAAGCUCUGUUUUCCAGAAAGCAGUGGCUUUCAUAAUGAUAGUUUACCCUCUCAGAGUGCUAGAGGGCUAGGACCUGUGUUACGUAAUAGUCUUGGUUCAAACUGCCCUUCUGAGCAGAGAUAUAACCCUAGCAUACACUGUAAUAGGUAAGUGAUGAAACUGGCAAGCUUAUACUUCCCAGAGACCAUUAAAAUAUAAUAGGGAUCACUUGACCAAACCUGGUGAGAUAUGAAAUUAAAACCAUGGCAUUUUUAAAGUCACUAAUGACUUUAACUUUCUCUAUUUUUUUUUUUUUUUAAAGAUUUUAUUUUUUCCUUUUUCUCCCCAAAGCCCCCCGGUACAUAGUUGUAUAUUCUUUGUUGUGGGUCCUUCUAGUUGUGGCAUGUGG